AUGGCGUCUUCUUCGAAUCAAGGAAAUAUACAUAACAGUUGCAAUACAUACAGUGAUUUACAAGUUGAUUCUACUGCUAAUGACAAUGAUUUCACUGUUGAGUGUGCUCGUGAUGAUGAAGUUGAGAAUUUCAUCGAAGGUUUUGAUGAUUCGUUUAGUAGUAGUAGUGGAUUAUGGAUACCGAAGGUUAAUGACAACAAAGUGAAGCCUUAUUCUGGUCAGAUUUUUAGAGAUAUUGAAACAUGUUUUAAGUUUUAUGCUGAAUAUGGGAGGCAAGGUGGUUUCGAUAUUCGCAAGUCAUCACAAAAAGUCAGAGAUGGUAUUGUAGUUUACAAGUAUUUUGUCUGUUCGAAGGGAGGUAAUCAUGAAACUUCUAUGUCGAAAGAAUCUGAUAGUAAUUCGGAUUUGUCUCUUGUCUCAAGCACUGCAGGAGUUGAUGUAAGAAAGCGAAGAAGGACAGUUACAAAAAAAUGUCAAUGUGAAGCAAAGGUUCAACUGAAAUAUGGUGGUUUUAAUCAAUAUAUAAUAUCUUGUUUUGUUGAAGGUCACAAUCAUCCUUUAGCAUCCACAUCUGGAAAGCAAUUUCUUCGUAUCAAUCGAACUAUUUCCUCACUUCAACGCCGAUUCAUUUUAGAUGCUGCUAAAUCAAAUAUUGGUGCUCAUAGAGCGCAUAGCCUCUAUAAAUCUAUAGCCGGUUCCUACACUGAUAUAGGAGCAACUGCUACAGAUUUUCAGAAUUGGGUAAGGGAUAUUAAGUUGUAUAUUGGAAAGCAUGAUGCGGAUAUGUUGCUUCAAAAAUUCCAAAAUAAGCGAGAGACAUCAGAUGCUGGAUUUUCUUAUGAGUAUGAAACAGAUUCGGAUGGUCAUCUUACUCGUCUAUUUUGGGCUGAUAUUCCAGGACGCCAAAGCUAUGAAGUGUUUGGUGAUGUGGUCUCUUUUGAUGCAACUUAUCGCACAAAUAAGUAUGGCAUGGUUUUUGUACCAUUUAUAGGUGUUGACAAUCAUUGGAAAAGUGUUACCUUUGCAUCUGCUUUGCUUAAUCACGAGGAUUCGACAAAUUUUACAUGGGUGUGCGAGAUGUUUUUGAAAGUCUUUCAGCAGGCACCAAAAUGUAUUAUCACUGAUCAAUGUCCGGCUAUGAAAGUUGCUAUCAACAAGAUUUUCCCUAAUUCAAUUCAUCGAUGUUGCAUGUGGCAUAUAAUGCAAAAGUUUACAGCUAAGGUUGGUCCUGUUUUUUGUGCGGAAUCUGGUUUUAUGAAGAAACUUAAUAAAUUUGUUUGGUCAUCACAUUUGACGAUAUCUGAAUUUGAACAAGGUUGGAAUUCUGUGUUGGAUGAGUUUGGAUUGAGUGAACAUGUAUGGUUGAAUGAAAUGUACCUUAUGAGAGAAUCGUGGAUUCCUGCCUUUUUUCGGGACAAGCCCAUGGGAGCGUUGCUGAGAACGACAUCAAGGUCAGAAAGUAGUAACUUUUUCUUUAAUCAUUUUGUGCAGAGGGGUGACACACUGUCAGAGUUCUAUAUAUGCUAUGAGAGUGCCAUUGAGAAACAGAUUUAUGAAAAUAAAAAACUUAAUGAUGGAGAUAGAUGUAUUCCUAAAACUAUCACUGAAAAAGAAAUUGAAAAGGAAGCAGCCCAGCUUUACACUCGCACAAUGUUUUACAAGGUUCAAAAACAGAUUAAAGCUAGUUGUUUUCAUAUUAGUUUGGCUGGACAGCCAAUUGUGGCUGAUGGUGUUAGUAAGUAUAUUGUACGUGAUAAAACUUAUGAUGAGAAGUAUUUCGAGGUUCAGUUUUCGUUCUUGACAAACAAUGUGGAUUGUUCUUGCAAGCUUUUUACUAGAGUGGGAUACCUUUGUCGGCAUUGUUUCUACUGUUUGGGUCUAUGGGGUGUUGAACGAAUUCCACAUCAGUAUUUGUGUAGUCGCUGGAUGAGAAAUGCAGAGGACAGAUUUUGUAAAUCAAAAUUUUCAGAUGUGAUGGAAAGUACUAAUGUACAGAACAUUAGGGAUAUGUCAAAAAAAGUAUGGACUGUGUUCCAAGGAUGCAUUGAAUAUGUUUCAAACAAUGGUAAUGGUAUGCAGUUUUUGUUUGAUGAGAUGAAUAGUUUGAAAAUAAGGGUUGAAGAAAAAUUUGAAAGUUCCAGAGCUACAAAAGAAGAUAUGCUAGAAGAAUGUUUCGGAGUGAGGCCUUCAACUAUAACUACUGUUCAUCCACCACUCCAAAGUAAUAAUAAAGGUAGCCGAAAAAGACUUGUUGGUCCUGCAGAAAAAAGUUGUGAUGGAAAGAAGAGGAAAUUAAGGGUGUGCAAAUUCUGUAUGCUGGAAGGAUAUCAUGAUUCACGUACUUGCCCGAAGAAGAAGAUGCAAAAUCCAAUCAUGCAAGCUGCUAAUAUUUGUGUCGACAAUAUUAGCACUAACCAAACCAUCAAUACAGAUAUGAAUUUGCUUGACCAAACUUGCUACGCUAUACAGAUUAUAUAUAUGGACUUGAAUGCACAAGCUAAAGACCAGGUUGUAAUAUUUUGGCAGGCUGCCAUAGAGAGGCUGCAUAUACCAGAUGAGUAG